GCGAAGAUGAAGAGAUUGGAGGAGGAGAUGAAGAGGGUACAACAGGAGGAGAAAGAAAGAAAGAAGGCUGCUGAAGCAGAAGCGGCAGCAGAAGAAGAGAAAGAGAGAGGAUGAGGAUUGAGAGUGGAGAAGGAAGUAGUGGUGGCACGAUGAAGUGGGAGACAAAUCCUGAGCUGGAGAAGAAGAUCAGCGAGUGGGUCGCUAACUUAUCGUUGGGGGAAGACGAGGAGGCGGAGUCAUAUGUGACUAAGGAUGAGAAGGCCGCGCUGGCCGUUGAGCUAGCAUCCACGACAGACCCGAUGGAACGAAGAGGGAGGGAGGAGGAACAAAAGUUAGCAUGGAAGCUGAGGAUGAAGAGAGAGAAGAAAAAGAGGAGAGAGGAAGUGAACAAGAUGACCGCAGAGGUGGCAAAGGUGCAGGCGUGCAGACAGGAGGUGCUGGCCCAGCCAGAUGACAAGGCCAAGUGGGACAAGGUACUGGGGUACCUAGAGGUAUUAAGCAAAGCCUGGAUGGAGGAGCGUCAGGCAAGUUGGAGCCAGGAUGUAGCUUUGAGGGCCAUGCGGGCUGGAUUUAGGGAUUUUGCACGCGAAAUCGUCACCCAUAUUGGGGGCGAAGUCAAACAGUUGAGAGACAAUGUAGGGAAGUUUUGUGAGGGCGCCAUUCAGGGUGCCAAAGCUGCAGCCGCUGUAGAAGGAGAGGGCAGACCCCGUAAGGACCCAGUGAAACUUAAGUUCCCAGACGCGUACGGGGGAAAGAAGGACAAGAACUUCUACAACUGGGAGGCCAAUGUCAAUAGUUACAUUUAUUUACAACAUAUCCUGAUGGAGGAGCAAGUCCUCGUGGCCUUCAAGGCCCUGAAGGACGAAGCGGCUAGCUUCGCCAGGUCUCUCGCGCGUACAGCCGGUUGUGAAAACAACCUGGUUGCAUAUUCUAAAGUCACCCCUCUUUCCCAAUUCCUCAGGCUCCUCAAGGAGCAUUUCGCUGACCCAACUAGAGGCAUAAGAGCCUCUGACAAGCUUCAAACGAUCCACUCACGACAGUGGAGGAGUGCCAAGGCACUCAAGGGUACCAUGGACGACUUGGUAGCCGUCCCGGACCAUGGGGUCACUGAGCCCCAGCUGGUUCAAUUGUUUUAUCGUACCAUUCCAGAGGCCCUACGUGGGCAUUUCUUUGACAAAUCUCAGCAGGACGGGAUCACAUACGAUCAAUUGAGUCGCGAAGUUGUCCUGUAUGAGUCGAAGUCUAUGCCAGUGACCACUUUCUGGCACAAGGACUUAGAGAAGGGGAAAAAGUGGAAAAACCAUACCAUCUCAGGCCAAGUAAAGGCCAAGGAUCACAUGAUCCUGACAUUAGAAGAAGGUGGUACCGAUGAGGUCCCAUAUGACCAGAUUGAGUGGGGCCUUGAAGAUGAUGGCAGUAGUGUGGGGCAGGGGAGGUCUUACGCUGCUGUCGCGGCUGGAGGGAGGCCGCAAGGGGGAGGAGUAGGCCAAGGCCAGAGGGGCCAGGCCAUGGGAGGCCAAGGACCGGGCGCACAGUGGGUUGGUGGACAGGGAAACCGCCAAGCGGGAGGUAGGGGUCAAGGUCCCCCGUUAAAUCGCCAGGGUAACCGGUACCCACAACGAGGAGGUGGAAGGGCACCUCAAGGGGGUUGGCACCCAGGCUUGCCACAGGGCAGGCCCUGGGAAGAUCUGGGCUUGGACCAGCGCUUAUGGCAGGAACGCGUGAACCUGGACCCGUCCUUGCCAUUUGUCGCCACCACGGACGCGAGUCAGUAUGGGAUAGGCGCCGUGUUGCAACAAGAUGACGGCAAUGGCUAUAGACCCGUAGAGUUCAUGUCCGCGAGGAUGCCUUGUGAGAAAGUCGCUACCUCCACGUACGGAAGAGAACUCUGCGCCCUCAGGCAGGCUUUAGACCAUUGGAAGCACUACCUGCUUGGGAGGCACUUCAAAGUCUAUUCGGACCAUGAAACGCUUAGAUGGCUAAAGACCCAGGCCAAGAUGACACCUAAGUUGACCAGGUGGGCCGCAGAGAUAGACCAAUUCGACUUUGAGCUCAAGCCAGUGAAGGGCAAGUACAAUGUAGUGGCGGAUGCUCUAAGUAGGAGAUCAGACUACUUUGGAGCCGUAGGACAUUAUCUGGAUACAGGGAGAGACCUGCAGGAGAGUGAAACAAGCGUAUACGCAGGACCCUAUCUAUAGCGACCUCCUAAAGAGAGUUAGAGAGGCCCCAGAGACCGAACCAGAUUACCGCACUACAGACGGGUUGCUGUUUGAGAAGACUAAUGUGUUUGACCGCCUGUGCGUUCCCAAUAGCGAAGAGAUUCGUAGUCUAAUUCUAGGGGAAUGUCAGGAUACUGAGGGACACUUUGGUUGGCAAAAGACGUUAGCCAAUCUGAUGCGUGCGUACACAUGGCCAGGGAUGAAGAACGACUGCAUAGAGUAUGUCCGCAGUUGUAAAGUAUGCCAGCGAAACAAAUCUACUACACGCGC